GGCUUGGUGAGGUGAUUUAUUUCAGAACACACUUUGGAAAUGUAAAAGUCAAACGUUGUAGAGAGAAAUGCCCCGGGAGUGAUAUAAGACAAGAAACACCCCCUUCUCUUCAUUCCAUAGCGUCCACACUUCAGUCCUGAAGACGGCGGUAAUUAAUGGGAUUUUCACUGCAACAUCCGAAGAAGAGGGGAGCAUGCGUGCGGGCGUCUAUGGUGUUCAGUUACGCGGCUGUGUGCGGAGUCAUGAAAGUGUUUGUAAACAAUAUAGACACAAUCGGUCCUCUCUUGCCUUGGAUGUGGCGCAUUGCUGCUGUUUUCUCUUCUCCGACCUGCUAGAAAAUUACCGGUCACCUGCCUGUACACUACUGGGAUGAGGCUGACCUCCGGCUCAGAUGGCGACCUGAUCGUAAUCAUCCUCAGGCGGACUGUCUGCAGUCGCAUCGAGUAGGACGGUGUCUCACCGAGGCUGCUUGAGGUGUUGGUGUGUUGCUCUAUUGAUCUGGGCCAAACCCGAACCCUGACUCAAACCCCGGCCUCCACCAUCAGACACAAUGCCCUGGCCGUUCUCCGAGUCCAUCAAGAAGCGGGCCUGCAGGUACCUCCUGCAUCGCUACCUGGGCCACUUCCUCCAAGAGAAGCUGAGCUUGGACCAGCUCAGUCUGGACCUGUACCAAGGCACCGGCUCACUGGCGCAGGUGCCGCUGGAUAAAUGGUCUCUGAAUGAGAUCCUGGAGUCGGCGGAGGCGCCGUUCGAGGUGAUCGAGGGCUUCAUCCAGACCAUCUCGCUGACGGUGCCGUGGGCGUGUCUGCUGCAGGACCACUGCUCUCUGGAGGUCCGCGGCCUCAGGGUGGUGUUCAGGCCACGCCCCCGCGCAGCUUCAGGCCUUGAGCCCAUGUGCUGGUCCAGCUUCAUGACCAGUAGUAUGCAGUUGGCCAGAGAGUGCCUGAGCCAGAGGCUGACCGACGACCAGGGGGAGAGCGGCCCCCUAGAGGGCCUGGAGACCUUCGCUGAGACCAUAGACACAGUCCUGCGGAGGAUUAAGGUGGCGUUCCUGGACACCGUCCUGAGGAUCGAGCACAUUCCGGCCAAUUCCAAGACGGGCAUCGCUUUGGAGAUUCGUAUCGACAGGUAUUCCCAACAUCCAGCACCUCUGGAAGUUGAUGGGCAGAUGGAGUCUCUGGUGCUGCUGCUGUCACCACGGCAGGUUCACUUGCUUCUGGACAUGUGGGGAGGCUUCUCCCCCUCUGGCGGAGCAGAGUGGGCGGGGCCUAGGGAGCGGAGGUGUCGGCCCAUGCAGCAGGAGGACGAGUACCGGCUGCACAUGGAGCUCAGCCGCUGCCUCAAGAAGGAAACCAUGGCAACCACCGCAGCGCCCACACAGCAGGACCUGUUUGAGAGCACCACCAGGACCGCGUCCAGCAGAGAGGAAGUGUUUUUCUCCAUGGCUGAGAUGGACAUGUCCCACAGCCUAUCGUCUUUGCCCCCUCUCGGGGACCCGCCUACUGUUGACCUUGACCUGUCACUCAACAGUAAUUACUCCGCCUCUCUCGGCGAGUCACCAUCUGGCCAAACAGCUGCUGGAUGGGACGAGUAUCUGGAGGUGAACCGACAACGAGAUAAACAACAGGAGGCUACUUACACACAUACACACAAGCUGCACAGACAGACCUCUCAUCUCCCUGAUGACUCGUGUCCUGAGCUGGUGCUGCGCUUGACUGUGGAGCGCCUCCGAGUGGUGGUCCUGCACAUCGACCCUCUGCCCCCGGCUGACUCCGCCCACAGUCCCUCUACACCAAUGGCCACACACUUCUUCCAAACGCUGGCCGCACACAAGCUCCUCCCCCAUGGCUGUGUCCAAUCACGAGACGUCUUUGACAAGGCCUGCCCCCAUGACCACCUCAGGUUGGUGGCGGAGGGGGUGUGUGUGUCGUAUGAACACACUCAGAGCUCCAGUGUGAUGCGUCUGAACUCUGACGUCUCCUUUAGUCAGAUGGAGUUGCUAGAGUGUCUCGUCUCCAUGGAGACGCCCAACAACACACACACUGCACAGUACACGGAACUGCUGACGUUUGAUGCCACAGGCGGCAACACUAGUACUCCCUGCCUGCACCUGCUCUACAAGCUGACUGAACGAAGAGGUCCUCAGGGAGGGCAGGUGCGUGCGUUGCCGGGCAGGGCGGAUCUGAAGGUGGAGCUCGGUGGUUGCCGUGUGGAGCUGGACAUCAGCAUCGUUGACCGUCUCCACUCCCUGUUGCAGCCACGGAAACAUGUUACUAUGGAGAUGAUGACCUCACAUAUGUAUACAUCCUAUAAUAAGCCAGUUAGUCUGCACAAGGCCUUUGCUGAGGUGUUUCUGGACGACAGCCGCUCCCCUGCACAGUGUGAAGUGUGUGUGAGUGUGUGUGCUGCGCGGCUGCUGUUGUGUUUGCGGUUCCCCAUUCCAGACCUGCGCUGCGACGCAGAACGCGGCCCGUGGUUCCGCAGACGGCUGCAGAGGGAACAGUUACUGCUGGAGUUUGAGGAACCGGAACUCAAGAGCCACUUCACUGGGGGAUCCCACGCGGAACAGAACACAGUGGAACUCAGCUACAGAGAACUCACCGGUAGUCUCCAUGGCGAUAAGGAGGAGGGGCCAGUGCGGUUUCUGCGUGUGGCUCAUAGUCUGGAUGACAUCAGCACCUCAGACAGCGGCAAGUUUGACUGGCCCAGGGUGGUGUUGAAGAUGAACCCCAUGGCUGUUCACUCCUUGCUGGAGAGAGUAGCUGUUGAGGAGGAGGAUGAGGAGGAGGAGCCAGGGGCGGGCCUUCAGGAGGAGGAAGCAUCUCAUUCGCUGAAAGACGUCUGUGACUUCAGCCAACCAGAACCCUCUCCCUUCUCAUCACGUCGGGUGAUGUACGAAAAUGAAGAGAUGGUCAUUCCUGGUGACGUGCUGGAGAUGACAGAGUUUCAGGAGAAGACAACGGCCAACUCUCGUUUCAUCCUGGAACUCAGCAUUCCGAACCUGCAGAUCACUCUACCCAGCAAAGCCUUCUACGAGAAAUUACACAACAGAAUAAAUAAUGACUUGCUGCUAUGGGAACCCACUGCCCCGUCGCCCGUGGAAACGGUGGAGAGUAUGCCGUAUGGAGUCGGACUGUCAGUGGCUAGUCAACUGAUCAACACACACCUUAAAGACUUCAGCCCAGAGGAGGAGGAUAGUGGCUCAGAGGAUGACAGUUUGGCGUUUGCUGAAGCGUUGGACGUGGGCAGCCGGAGGAGGAAGAGGAGGAUGAAGAGCCAGAGCCGCUCGUGCCAGAGCCUCUUCUCCAUCUGCCUCAACAUCACCCAGGGGCUGCUGUCACUACACACACACGCCAAGCGGGAGGGUGUGUGUGCGGAGGGUGUGUGUGCGCAGGGUGUGUGUGGGGAGGUGUGGGCAGAGUUGCAGGGGGCUGUGCUGUUUGCAGUGGCCCAGUACGAGGGCUCAGAGGACCAGCACUACCUGUGUUUCCACACCGCGGCCUUCAGCCUCUUCCACCAAGGCCUGGUGGAAAGGGAUUCUGGGCCAGUUGAGGUUACGCUCCCCAACAGGCCGCGACCUCAUUGGCUGGAGCCGACCCUGUACGCCUCAGAGACCGCCCCUGAGCCUAGCCACACCCCCUCAGAGGGCCUGGGGGUGGAGCCUCACAGCAUGCUGUCCGCUGCCGUGAAGGUGACGUCACACACACCAGAGCGCAACAUGAAGGAGUACCUGGUUGCCGUGGGGAUGCGUGGGGUGACCUUGCAGCACAGAGUGGUUCCGAGCGGCCAGGGCUGGUAUGACCAGAUAGUAGACUUCCUGAAUGUGAAGGAUGAGGCGGUUCUGGGUUACACUCCACCCACCUCAAUCAGCACCCUACACCUGCACCUUUGGAGCUGCGCCCUGGACUACAGGCCACUCUAUCUGCCAGUCCGCUCUCUGGUCACCGUGGAGACCUUCAGCAUUUCCAGCAGCCUGGCCUUAGACCACUCCUCCUCAACUAUCAGGAUCAUAUUGGAUGAAGCAGCACUGUUUCUGUCUGACAAGAUUAAUGUUCUGUCUGUCAAUCUCAGUCGAGAUUAUGUGCAAGUGGUUGACAUGGGAACCCUGGAACUCCGCAUCACAGCGGCCAAACGGGCAACAGCUGCUGAACAGUCAGAGCCACGGUUCGAGCUGCGCUGCUCCAGUGAUGUCAUCCACAUCCGGAUAUAUAUGACUGGGUGUUUGUAUCAUGAGACCUCAUCGGUAUCGCGUGGCUAUGAGACCUACUGCCCCCCAGUGGAUCGGAAGCCAGCAGCGGUGCCCAACCCAAGGCCAAGUAACAGACAGGAAGCAGACCCUCCACGCUCCGAUCUCUUCCUGUUUCCAGAUGAGAGCGGGAUUUCAAGCAGCCCCCCCUUUCCCACACGCUACCUCCCCUCAUGCCCCCCGCCCCCACCACACAUGGCAUACGGCGACUUCUGCAUCCUGGACACGCCCACCUCUCGUACAGCAGAGAGAGAUGAGGAGCCAGUGGUGCAGAUUUUGACUUCAGAACCGAUUGUGCUGAAAGAGAAUCACUUCAGCCAGGUGUCCUGCAGGGCGGCGCCCUUCCCCACUCCAGACGUGCGCUAUCUGCUGAAGGAGAUCUCACUGGUGUGGCACCUGUACGGGGGGUGGGACUUCAGCAGCAGUGUGCCUGGCUCCUCCCCUAGCCGCAGCCGGGGAGUGUUCCCCAUCACACACACUCCUGUCUUGACUGUGAACUUCAGCGGUGGGCGUGUGGGUGGAGGUUUGGGUCGGAACCCUGAUGUGCUCAUGGAAAUCCAGCUGAGUAAGGUGCGGUUCCAGCACGAGGUGUAUGCGGCGCCCCCUGGUGGUCGGGACGGGCCAGAGCGGCUGCUGUCCAGGCAGGUGUUUGUGGUGCAGGAACUGGAGGUGCGAGACCGACUGGCCUCUUCCCAGAUCAACAAGUUCCUCUACCUGUACUCCAGCAAGGAGCUGCCCAGGAAAGCUCACGCCAACAUGCUGACGGUGCGGGUGGUGCACAUGUCUGUGGAGGCGGAGGACUCUCCUCAGGAGUGCUGUCUGCGUGUGUCCCUCAUGCCGCUUCGACUCAACAUAGAUCAGGAUGCACUGUUCUUCCUGAGGGAUUUCUUCUGCAGUCUGGCAACCGAGGUCGAGCUUUUCUCUCCUCCUGAAGAGGCCUUGUGUGUAUCCAUGAAGAGACCAGCUGGUUCAGAUGUUUCCUGCAGCUUUUCUAAACAUUCGAGCCAGGACCCCGCCCCCAUCAUCUCAAUGCCAACACAGGGCUCGGCCAAUCAGAAUGGCCUCAGCGAGUCCAGUGGGAAGGACUCUGAGCGAGAACCCGCCUCCUCAGUCUUCACUGACCAACCAAUCUUCUUCAGAGAGUUCCGUUUCACCUCUGAUGUGCCAAUUCGGCUGGACUACCAUGGUAAACACGUAGCCAUGGAACAGGGUACGUUUGCUGGUAUUGUGAUGGGAUUGGCACAGCUGAGUUGCUCCGAGCUGACCUUAAGGAGACUUUGCUACAGACAGGGGUUGUUGGGGGUGGACAGGCUGUUCUCGUAUGCCAUUAACGAGUGGCUGACCGACAUCAAGAAGAACCAACUGCCAGGACUGCUGGGGGGAGUAGGACCCAUACACUCUGUACUGCAGCUGGUCCAGGGGUGCAGGGACCUGGUGUGGCUGCCCAUCCAGCAGUAUCGUAAGGACGGGCGAAUCGUACGUGGCUUCCAGAGAGGCACCGCCUCCUUUGGGACGUCCACUGCAAUGGCAGCACUAGAACUGACCAAUCGCAUGGUGCGAACCAUACAGGCAGCUGCGGAGACGGCAUAUGACAUGGUGUCUCCAGGAGCCAAUGGAGCAGAGGACCGGAGACUGAAACGCUAUUCUCAUCACCGAUUGGCUCAUCAGCCUGUUGAUCUGCGAGAGGGUGUGGCCAAAGCCUACAGUGUUGUCAAAGAGGGUCUGACAGACACGGCUCUUGGCAUCAUCGUCACGGCGACGCGGGAACAUGAGCAGCGGGGUGUGACUGGCGCUGUGGGCGGAGUCUUGCGUCAGUUGCCACCGGCAAUGGUGAAGCCGCUCAUUGUUGCCACGGAGGCCACUUCAAACGUGCUGGGCGGAAUGCGCAACCAGAUCCAACCGGACGCUCGGCAGGAAGAGACCCAGAAGUGGCGUCUGGGGGAGGAGUGACCACAGCUAAUGGGAAUGCAGCAUCAUGUGCUGCUGGCCAAUCAGAUUCUCUGAUAUCUGUGUGUGUGUGGCCCUGACCUUAACCUUGGACUGAAGUAGCUUGUGAAUAUACGAAUGUGUGUGUGUAUGCUUAGCAGUUAGAAUAAUUAACUCUGGUUUGUGUGUGUGUGUGUGUGAGUGAGUGAGGGAGAGAGAGAGGAGUGAGGAGAGAGAGAGAGUGAGUGUGUGUGUGUGAUUGAGUGAGUGAGAGGGAGACAGAGAGGAGUGAGAGAGUGAGCUGUGUUGUUCUGCCCUCUGCUGGUCUGGUGAUGCAGCUGCAGCUCCUGACUGUAUGGCUGUAUAGUGAUUUAUGUUUGUAUAAGCAGGUGGAUGUAAUGGUGUGUGUGUAUGUGUGUAGUAUUGAGUAUGAGUGUGUGUUUGUGUCUGUGACUAAAUAUAGUUAGUAUUGAGAAUGAGUGUGUGUGUGUGUGUGUGUGUGUGUGUGUGUGUGUGUG